AUGGCGCGCAGCAGCGUGACCCGUGAGAGGGUCAUCGUCCGACAGUCCUACUACUGGCCGGAUUGGCAACUCAAUGUCUGGAUCAUUAUCAUGCUUGCAACAGGUGGUGUGCUGGUAGGAGUAUUUGCGAACUUCAUCGUGGUUCAGUCGCAUCUGGGUGGACUUGGGAUACCAUGGAUCAUGCCUUUCGGAAUCACAGUCGGCUCCCUCACGAUCAUCUUCAUAAUCCUCAUGCUACUCCUCAUCAUCCAACGACGGCUACUUCCGGGUAUACUCAUAAUAGGAUCAUUCAUCCUGCUUGUACUAUACAUCACAGGCCUGAUCGAAACCGCCAUUCAACUCUUCGGUCCGUCCGGCGACAUCUCCUCGAAAUGCCAGAACUAUGUUUUCGACCAGCCACAGAAUAGCUUGACCAUCAACACCUUGGCGUGGCUGGAACAGAACAGCAUAUGCCAGAGUUGGCUGGCCGUGUUCUCGUUUUGGAUAAUCGGAGCCGUGUUCUUGGUGUAUCUGAUUGUACUGGCGAGUAUAGUGGCUCAGGGAGGAUAUGGAGACUGA